AUGUACCAGGCACAUUCACAGGGGAAAGACCCUAGGGUUGUUGCCAUGGUGAUGAAGGAGCUACCAAGUAAGGCAUCCUCAGAAGGAAACCCCCUCUUCACCGUGACAACCAAGCUGGUGGCAAGUGAGCAACAAGAGAGUCGUCCUCUACUGAGUCCCUCCAUCGAUGACUUUCAGAGUGAGAGCAAGAGCGAUGGAGCCACGCAGCCAGUCACCUCCAACACAGCAGUCCUGUCUACAGCUCUGGACCUGGUGGACCUGAGUGAGCCGACGGAGAGGAGGUGGUGCUGGGAGAGACGCAGCCCGCUGAGUUCCCGCAGACACAGCUCCAAAAGCAGCCCCUGCAGGAAGAAGAAGACGGAUGAGACAGAGCUGAUCCUGGUGGACACGGACCAGUUGUCUCCCAGUGCGCUCAACCCAGAGAGAACCUCCCUGGAUUCAGUCAGCAUCUCCUCUCCCCUAGAGAAAUGGGAGGAGGUGAGCCUUCACCCUGAGAUCGCCGUGAAUGGAGGGAGAAAGUGGAGGUACAAGAAGAGGAGGUGCACCUCGCAUCACUCCUCUAGCGAGCUGCUCUGGUCUGCAGAGUUUAAAACUGAUCUGUCCUCUAAACAUGCCCUGGAGCUGAGUAUCAGUACUGGUUCUGACCCUGGUCCAGCAACACAGGUGUGGCAGCCCCAGAGGUUUGGGAGCAGCUCCCUCCUGUUGAGACAACACUCUCUGGAGGAGGAGUUUGUGCGAGCGAAGGCUGCUGUGGAGUCAGAUACAGAGUUCUGGGAUAAGAUGGAAGCAGAGUGGGAGGAGCUAGCUCGCAGAAACUGGCUGGAUGACACAGACAGCGAGGGGCUGGUUCCCCUUAAUUUCUCACCCAAUGAGAAGGGUUACCACUUUCACACUAACAACCCUUAUAAGGACUGGCCCAAUGCGUUUGAGGAGGGGUUGCAGAAGAGCCGAGAGGGGGAUCUGAACAGCGCAGUCCUGUUGCUGGAGGCGGCCAUCCUUCAGGACCCUCAAGACUCUGAGGCUUGGCAAGUUCUUGGGACCACGCAGGCAGAGAAUGAAAAUGAACAGGCUGCUAUUGUUUGCCUUCAGCGGUGUUUGGAGCUUCACCCCAAUAAUCUGACGGCUUUGAUGGCCCUGGCGGUCAGCCUGACGAACAUAGGUCUUCAGCAGGAUGCGUGUGAGGUUCUUCACCGCUGGAUCAGACAUAAUCCCAAAUACAGACAUCUCCUCCAGGACAGGAGCCCUCUAGACGGCUCACCCCUGCCCCACCGCAGGGGAUCUUCCAUCUCCCCCAUCUCCACGCUGGCAUGCUCUCAGCUGGUGGAGGUGUUGGAGCUGUAUCAGGAGGCAGCCCAGCUGAACACAGACACCGUGGAUCCUGACUUACAGACUGGCCUGGGCGUUCUCUUCAACCUCAGCUCUGAGUUUGACAAGGCAGUGGAAGCCUUCAAUGCAGCUCUGUCUGUACGACCAGAGGACUACUUGCUGUGGAACCGGCUGGGCGCCACGCUGGCUAACGGCGACCGCAGUGAGGAAGCGGUGGAGGCGUACACUAGAGCGCUGGAACUCCAGCCUGGCUUCAUCAGGUCACGCUACAACCUGGGCAUCAGCUGCAUCAACCUGGGAGCACACCGAGAGGCAGUGAGUAACUUCCUGACAGCACUGAACCAGCAGAGAAAGAGCAGGAGCCACCAGGUCAUGUCCAGCAACAUCUGGGCGGCGCUUCGUCUUGCUCUGUCGCUCAUGGACCAACCUGAGCUCUUCCAAGCAGCUAGUGUGGGGGAUCUGGACCUCCUUAUGAGAGCGUUCAACAUGGACAUGUGA